AUGGCUGUGCGGCUCGCCGGGUUCCUGCUGCUGCUCGGAACUGCGUGCGCGGUCAGUGGUCCUGCGCUCGCUCUCCUCCGCCGAGCUGCAAAAAUGAAGGUGGUGGAGGAACCCAACACGUUCGGGCUGAACAACCCGUUCCUGCCCCAGACCACUCGCCUUCAGCCCAAGAGGGAGCCUUCGCCGGUGUCUGGGCCCCCGCAUCUCUUCAGACUCUCUGGCAAGUGCUUCAGUCUGGUGGAGUCCAUGUACAAGUACGAGUUCUGCCCAUUCCACAAUGUAACCCAGCACGAGCAGACCUUCCGCUGGAAUGCCUACAGUGGGAUCCUUGGCAUCUGGCACGAGUGGGAGAUCACCAACAACACCUUUGCCGGCAUGUGGAUGAGCGAUGGGGACUCCUGUCGUUCCCGGAGCCGGCAAAGCAAGCCCAAAUUGAGGCUCCCUUUCCAGGUGGAACUCGCCUGUGGAAGGAGAAACCGGCUGGCCCAUGUGUCUGAGCCAAGCACCUGUGCCUACGCACUGACCUUCGAGACACCCCUGGUCUGCCACCCCCACUCUUUGUUAGUGUACCCGACUCUGCCUGAGGCCCUGCAGCAGCGCUGGGACCAGGUGGAGCAGGACCUGGCUGAUGAGCUGAUUACUCCCCAGGGCUAUGAAAAGUUGCUGAGGGCGCUUUUUGAGGAUGCUGGCUACUUAAAGGCCCCGGGAGAAAACCAGCCCACUCAGCAGGAAGGAGGACCUAAAGGCCAGGGGUUGGAGACCCUGGAAAACUGUAGAAAGGCACACUCAGAACUGGCAGAAGAGGUACGAAGGCUGACCAGGCUGCUAGGACAGCAUGGAAUCCCCCACUCACAGCCCACAGAAACCUCCCGUUCUGAGCACCUGGGCCAACAGUCCCCCACAGCCAGGACGUCGGAGCAGCCUCAAGACCGUCCUGGACAGCGUGGGAACAUUUUGUAACCUGGUGUGGCUGCAAGGGGUGGAAGAACAGAAUCGGCCUGUGGUGUCCUGUAUCAGGAAGACAGGGUCACUCACAGGCCCUGCUGACCAGUUGUUGAAUUCAGAGACCCAGACAAAGUAAAGAUUCAAAGUUUUAAUUCCCAUACUGAUAAAAAUAAUUCCAUGAAGUCUGUAAACCAUUGCAUAAAUGCUAUAGUGUAAAAAAAUUUAAACAAGUGUUAAACAAUUCACUACAAGUAAAUGAUUAUGAAUUAUAAAUACGACCUUCUGGGUUAAGAAAAUUCCAUUCAUGUAACAUUCUCAUCUAAAUGCUCAAAACAAGCAUACAUGUGGGGCUUCCAUAAAUUAAUCCACAUGAAGCGUCCACAACCGGAUGGUCUGCUGACCACAGUUACACGCAACUUGCCACGCUAUAAUUUACUGCUAAUAUUUAACACUACAAAGUCAAAAGACAACAAGAACAACGCAGAGCCACUUGCCCACACAGCCUCGGCCCUGUUCACCCAGGAUCUAUUCAGAGGCCUCAGACCACAGCCCACAGGAGGGUGGGGAGGAGCCCCACAGUGUACGGGGGUCAUCCACACUGACUCGUUCCUGGGCAGUUCUUUGGUCUCCCCCACAGACUCUGCUGCACCAGCGUGGGACCCCACUGAGCACUGCCACUUCUCUCCCCAGAUGUCACCACGCUCUAGGCUAGUUUUGCAGAAGGAACUGGCCAGAGAAGCUUCACAGACAGACCUAAAGCUUAG